AUGGCCAAUCAACAAGUAUUAUGCGCCAAGGCGCUGGGGAGGACAUUGCGACUGCUCAUUUGCCUCCCUGCCAAAGAUCGCUUCAUCCAUGCCGGCGUCUUUGCAACCAAUCUGGGCCCGGUGUUGCGCCAAACCCUGUGCCCCAGCGCCGCCUGCUUCUUAAGAUGCCUCUCUAACCCAUAUCGCCUCGCUCCCUCCACCCGAGCGACAAUGGCCAACCAUCCCCGAAGCCUCUCAGCCAACCCUGCCAUGCUUCUCCUCAGCCACUCUGCCGCUGCCGCCGAUCCUGCCGACAAGGGCAACAACAAUACCCCCACACUCGCCCACAUGCCCGCCCUGCCCAGCACCCUCAGCACCGACGAUCAGCUCUUACCCUGGUGGGUUGGGGUUCUAGAUUUUAAAUUGUAA